GAACGAGAUGAGCAGCGCCGGCGCCGCUGCAAGAUGCUGGAUGGACACGUCCUGCUGGGCUGGCUCUCCUCCUGCGCGCUCCUAGGGCUGCUCGCCUGUUCCCCGCGGCCCUCCGCCGCCUACUUCGGGCUGACGGGGAAUGAACCUCUGACCAUCCUCCCUCUGACCUCAGAAAUGGAGGAAGCUGCCGUCAAAGCCCACUACAAAGUCUGUGACCGCCUGAAGCUGGAGAAGAAGCAGCGCAGGAUGUGCCGGCGGGACCCCGGCGUGGCCGAGACCCUGAUGGAGGCCAUCAGCAUGAGUGCCCUGGAGUGCCAGUACCAGUUCCGCUUUGAGCGCUGGAACUGCACCCUCGAGGGUCGCUACCGGGCCAGCUUGCUGAAGAGAGGUUUUAAGGAGACAGCCUUCUUGUAUGCCAUCUCCUCUGCGGGGCUGACACACGCCAUGGCCAAGGCUUGCAGUGCAGGGAGGAUGGAACGUUGCACCUGUGACGAGGCCCCUGACCUGGAGAACCGUGAAGCUUGGCAGUGGGGUGGCUGUGGUGACAACCUGAAAUACAGUAACAAGUUUGUCAAGGAGUUCCUGGGGAGGAAACCCAACAAGGACCUGCGAGCCAGGGUGGACUUCCACAAUAACCUUGUGGGCAUGAAGGUGAUCAAAGCUGGAGUGGAGACAACCUGUAAGUGCCACGGUGUAUCUGGAUCCUGUACUGUCCGAACUUGCUGGAGGCAGCUCUCUCCAUUCCAUGAAAUAGGGAAGCAGCUGAAGCAAAAGUAUGAGACAUCGCUCAAAGUGGGCAGCACUACCAAUGAGGCCACAGGGGAAGGAGACAUCUCCCCACCCAAGAAGUCCAUCCCUGGUCACAGUGAUCAAAUCCCAAGGACUACGGAUCUUGUCUACAUUGACGAUUCCCCGAGCUUCUGUAUGAUGAGUAGAUACUCGCCUGGGACUUCGGGAAGGAAAUGUUACAAAGACAAGAACUGUGACAGCAUCUGCUGCGGGCGAGGGCACAACACGCAGAGCCGGGUGGUCACCCGUCCGUGCCAGUGCCAGGUCCGUUGGUGCUGCUAUGUGGAAUGCAAGCAAUGCACCCAGAGAGAAGAGGUUUACACCUGCAAAGACUGACACAUCUUCUGCUUGAUGGCAACCCUCGGUGAUGGGCGACGGUGAUCUAUGAGAACUACAUAUGGAGACAAACAGGGUUUGAUUGACCUUCUGGGAUCUGAAAGCUAUGUUGAGACAUAAGCACUUUGUAGGGUACAGGUGACCCAGCUGUGUUGCUGUUUUGUUUUUGUUUUUGUUUUGUUUUCCUGUAGACUGAAUUUUAAUGAGGUCCAACCAUGUGGAAAUAAGUGCCUGUCACACUGGGGUUAGACACCAGUUGACCUUCACCUUAGUCAUCCAUGCAGUUUGAUGGAUCGUUCAUCCUUGGAACAUCUUGAUUUUUUUCACCAAUCCUCCAUGAACUCCUGGGCUAAUAUAUUCUCUUUGGCAUAAAUAACAUAUACUAUUUUAUUCCUGAAGCCUACCCAACUGCUUAAAGAGCUAAGCAGAUAUAGAAGAAAGAUCUUUCUGCUUUGAAUGUGAUGGUACGGGAAGUGGUCAUUUUUUUCCCCUUCUAUAACUGGUGAGGAGUGUGUAGGGAAAGCAGGAACAGCCUUGAUGGAAACAAGGCUCUGACAAAGAGACCCACUGGGAGGGUAAGCUUUUUAACAGCUACUCCAGAUCUCCAUACUUUGAUCACCAAAUACAGCUCAAAAAAUGUUGGGUCCACCAUAUUGCAGACAGAAAUAUAUCCAAGAAAGCGGUUGGGAAGACAGUAGAAAACCAGAUGUGCCUGUUCCCUUCAGUCCAAUCAAGUAUUCUUUUUUUUAAAGAAAAACAUUUAUUCAAAUGCCGUUUCUUUAGCACUAUGGCUGUCUUGAUUUUUUUUUUAAAUAAUUUUUUAAAACCACUAGAUGCUUUUGUUUUAUUUUCACUUCGUGCAUGAUUUAUUUUUCUCUCCUCUUCCCACCUCUUGUUGAUCUAAUUCACCCUGUGGUAACCGCUUGAGAAAUCUGAACUGGAACUUUUUCGUCUUAUGCCAGCUGAAUUCAGACAUGUCUUUCUGAGUAGAACAAGUGAAAUUUGAGUGCAUCUUGGAAUGCAGUGCUGUCUUGCAGUGUACAGCAGCAGUUUGGGACUGAAUCAGGCCUCUGGAGGAGUUGACUUUUCUUUUACUAGGUCAUCAUUCCAUUUACUCUCAUGGUGGUACAUGACACAAGCUGUAUGUAAACCUUAUGACCUUAAGAUUUUUUUUUUAACCACUAGAUCAAAAACUGUAUUUUAAAAAUAUAACUGCUCAAUGGUAACCAACUAUUGGAUUCAGAACAAGUAAUUGACGUAAAAGGCAAAUUUCCAAGUGGCCCGAGAAGCAAAACAUGACUGCAGUGGUAGAUCUGUGAAAUAGAUGACAACCUUCAGCAUUUCUUUUUUUCCUUUGAAGAGGAUACUUACAAUCCAGAACUUGAUGUGGCAAUAUCCUUCAGUCAUAUAAAACUGGAUUGGAAGCAGCCAGUGAAGUCCUCUACAAAGCUUUCUGAGGAAACACUGGAGAGCAGAGAGCAUUUUAUUUUUGGUAGCAUUUUUUGAUUGUCCAGCAGUAGCAAUUUCCACCAAUUUUAUAUAAGCCAUUGAUCUGUUUCUCAAAAGAGAAAAGCUGGCUGGAGUUUUUCAAGCAGUAGUAGAUAUUAGCCAAGCAAAAAGAGAGCAGUUUCCCAAGAUGGACCAUUAUUUUUCAAGAUUUUUUUCUUUUUUCUUUUUUCUUUCCCCGAAUAGUAGCCACUAAUAUUUAAGCUGUUCAUGUGCAUCUACUGGGAGGAGAAAAGACUAUUAUUUUUUUUCUUGGUAACAAAUACCUGCAGUCCAGCCUGGGUUGUUGACAUCAAAUCUUGGGGUAGAGGCAUGGGGAGGGACAGGAUGUUACUGUUGAUAGCUGUAUGGCCCUGUGAAGUGUAUUAUCACUUACGUGGAUGUUUGCUUAUUUGCUGUACAGUUUUGGAGGCUGGAGUAGUGGUGGAAAAGGAGGAAUCUGCACAAGGUGUUUGUCCCUUCCACCAUGGCAGAUGCGUGGUGGUGCAUUCAAUGCAGGAGGCUUGCAGGAAGGUCUCAUGGUUUCUGGGAGAUGCACUGCUUUGAAAGCCACCCAUGAGCAGUUUAUCUAAUGGUUUAAAAAAUAAACUGACUAGAAACAUAUUAUUCAGUGUGUGCAUGUGUGUAUAUAUACACACAUGCUGACACUUAAAUAUAUAUAUAUAUAAAUAUUGAACAAACAUUUAUUUAUUGUAAAGCCCUUCAGAAGGACCUUCUUAUGGUUUCAAUGUGGUAUUAUGUUAAAUUCUCUUUCUCCCUCUCUCCCUCUCUCUCACAUAUGUGCAAACUCACUGUUACGUUUUUGUGUGUGUGCUAGAAUAGCUUUUCCCCUCCAAUAAGGCCAGAUCCAAACCUGCUCAUAACAUGAGGAUUUUGGGGUCUGAAUUACUAUUUCUGGCUCCAUUCUUUUUUUUCUUUUUUGUUUUUUCUUUUUAAAUAUUUUUUUUUCUAAAAGAAUGGGCUGCAAUUUAUGUGCAUUAUUAUUAUUAUUAUUAAUUAUUAUUAUUAUUGUUAUAUUUAAACCAUGGGCCUAAUUUUUCUUCUUUUCACUGGUGUCUCUGUUUCCAUUGACCUCGCUGGAGUAACUCCACAUUGCACUGGUGUGAGAGGAGAAUGAGUCCCUAGAUGCAGAAGAGAAGGGAGGUGUUGGCAUCAAUAUCCUUGCAGAACAAAUGCCUGGGUCCUAUGGGUUAGGGUACCUUGGUGUGUUUGGCACUGGGGAGAGAGAGAGAGAGAUGGGUGGGCAGUAAGGAAGAGUGUCAAAGCUUGACUAGAAGUAAGAGGCAAAGAGUGAAUGAACUACUGAGUGAAAGAGCUCUUCUGUGUAUUAUAACUCACGCACUGAAGCCUGGAUGCUUUCUGUAAGUAUUUAAAAAAAAAAAAGAAAAACACACAAAAAAAGACCCCACCACAAAAAACAAAUUGUAUUUAUGUUAAUGUGGAUAUAUUACUUGCCUGUUGUAUAUUGUAAAUAGCAAGGUUUAUUCUCCUGUGGUUAAAAAAAAAAUAUAAAUAACUAAAUAGUAGCGAGGCACAUGUGUUAAAUGUAUAGGCAGUGUAUAAAAAAUACUAACAUUCUGAAAUCAGGAGAACUUGUCUUCUUGGCCUUUUGACCUACGGUGGUAAAACAUAUGUGGGUUAUUUUUCUUCUUCCCCCCACCACGUUGUGUGUGUUUUGGGUGUGGGGGUGUAUUUAGUUCCAGCGUUUUCCAAUGUUUUCCUUAUCUUUGAAGAAAAAAUGGGGAAGAAAGCCUCGUUUUGGAAAAAUCCAGUGGAGCUUGAGUAGGAUGAAAUGAGUAAUAUCUGGCAGAAAUGUCGUCAAACCCUCUCAAAACCCUCUUAAGUGCUUGACCUGGGUUUUCUGCUGGUAAUGGAUGUGUGUUGAAACUGAAUUUUACCCAUGGAGCAGGAACUUUUGCUUGUGCUACUCCAUACAUGAGUUCAGACAACCCUAGAUGAGAGACCCUGAAUUACUCUAUAAAACAUUGGGUAGUGUCCUGAAAAAAAUGGUUUUGUGUCAUCUGUAUGAAAAUGGAUUUUUCCAGAGAGGCUGAUUCUACCAUCACACCACUGGAUCUCCAGUGCAAUUCAACCACAUUACUCAUUUUUUGUAAAACUACUACAAGAAUGGACUUGGGUCCCUGAACCUUUCACGGUGUCAUUUCAUAUGAAGAAAAAAACAAAAGUGCAAAGCAACUUUUCCCUUUUUUCUUACCCCCAGAGAAACAGGUUUUUUGCAGCAGAUGUAACUGGAGAAGGACGGGUGGGUGUAAGGGAGGUCUCUGGUUUCUGAUCCCCUUUCACCCCCUGUCUCCCCAAAAGUGUCAAAGUGUUGGUUCUCCUAAGCUGAUCCAGCAAGACUUGUGAGAUCAGUUUUGGGGUGGGGGGGGGGGGUGCAACCAUUAUUUAUAUAACUUUUUUUAUUAAUUUUUUUAAAAGAGAAGUUAGCUGAUGGAAGAAUAUUUUUAUUGAAUAGUGCAUUUAGCUAUGUCAGAAAUAUAAAAAAAAUAUAUAUAAUAUUUUUGUAAACAAGGCAAACUGAAAAUGUUUGCUGUUUUAUAUUAGAAUUUUCUAUUAAAAGAAAUAAAACCCCACACAAAUAAUUGUUGCACCCGUCAUCUGUUUUUUUUAACAAGCUUCUAUUCUGUGUGACUGACUCAUAUAUGCCAGAUGUGGGGACAUGCAAAACAAGUCCUAAACAUUACGUUCUCAUUGUCUUCCAGCUCUCAAAAGACUCCAGUUAGUGAGACAAGCAGUGUUUAAUUAAAGGGGUGUUUUAAAAAUUAUUCUUCUAGACAGUAAAUAUGAGUUGUGAAGGAUGAGUAGCUUGGAAUUAAAACACAAAAUUCUGCCCCCAAAAUUUAAGCUUACCCAUUUUUCAGUCAUGCAUCCUGGUCUUGAGAUGGCUCUGGAUUAAGGGAAGCCAAAACCUAUUUACAAUAAUUAGAUGUUUUUCUCAGUUGGCCUGGGAAGAAUGACUCUUAAAAAAGUUGUUGGAGAAACCAAAAUACAUCUGAGUAUCUGGGAAGGUUAAAUGAAGAGGACCAAAUUCCAGGCUUGCACUAACAUGAGCAGUUUGUGUCUAGUUAGAUGGGGCAGUGCAAAACUGGGAGCUGGAGACUUGGUCUGCUGAGGUUCAGGAAGCCUGUUGUUCACCUUUGGAGAGAAUGGAUGAGUGAUGGACCAUCUGUUUUCAAAAGGGUGUUUGGGAUUGCUGGUUUAGAGACCUGAGCAGGGGGCUAAAUAUUUUCUGAGCAUUUUUUUGUGGUCGGCCAGCUCGUACACAUCUGCCUCCCCUCAGCCUAGGUCUUGGAUUUCUUUGUUUUUCAGCUGCCCUAUUUUUGCCAAUGUUUAUUAGUUUGUUUGGCUGCAGUAGGAUUAGAGGAGAACCCAGAUGAAGGGGCAGAUUUCUCAAGGGUACUUUUGUGGAGUAGAUACUGCUUAGGGUAAUUUUCUGGUGGAUUAUGGUGCCUGUGAAAAAUUCCUCUGUUGAUGUUGCAGUAAAAUUUGGUCUGUUCUGUACUGGAUAAAACAGGUGCAGCAAAGCUCUUCCUUCCUCGGUUUAUUUGGUUCUACGUGCACAUCUGUUGGGUUGAGUCUGGUUUCCAUGGUUAGCUCGUCCUGGCUUUCACUCUUCAGGAUGCUAACUAGGUGAUGAAUUUUGGAGAGCAACAUUUCCCUGCAAGAGAAAUAGUGCCUUUUAUGACCAUUGUUGCUCGUGUAAUUUGAAGGAGGCUCAGGAAGGCACAGGAUCAGGCCUGUAGAGAUCUGGUAAUUGCCAGGUCUUUCAAGAUUAGGGUCAUGGAUAUUAAUAUUGGAUAGCUUUUAGAUCUAUUUUUAGCUGAUGAACAUUGAACUUGACCAAACUAUUUACAUAUUGCAGCAAAGAGAAUAUUUCUGAGAAGAAAAAAAAAAAAAAGGGAAUCUCUGGUACUUGUGGGUGGGGAAUAAAAGCAAGUGGGUAUUGCAAGCUCAGAUCAUCUCUGGCAUCAUGGUAGGCUUCCUGUUACUACAUUUCUUCAGAUUCAGGGACUGGGUAGGGUGUAAGUUAAGAUCAUAGAUGAUUCAAGGUGAACCCAAGAGACAGGAGAUUCCUCCCUCAUCCAAUCUUCCAUUUCAUCACGGGGUUGCUCAGGAAAGUUGGCAGAGAUGUUCACAUGCUUGGCUUAGUGGGAUGUUUGCAGUGGGCCUGGACUCAACCCCCUUAAAUAAGGAGCCUGUUGUGUGCAGUCAGUGUAGACACCUCUAGGUGUUUUGGCCCAUAUGGAGGUGCCAGCUUCUCUCUGUUGACAACAGAAGGGGAUAAAGACAUGUUAACCCAGGUUAAUAGAAGUGGGGAUGAAUUCAGGACUAAUCAAGGUAUGUGUGGAUAACCCUGCCAGCUCCCCUUGGGCAUGGAACCAUCUGGAGCAGCAAUCACCAAACCAGCACAGAAAUUUUCCCUCAUUCCACCUCAUCCCAGUCUCUAACAAUGCGCUUUAAGACCUGAAUGUAAAGUCUAGGAUUUGUUUUGCACAUUUGGGAUGGCAUUUCCUUUUAAAGGGAGGUGGGAAUACUAACAUGAAGGAUUAGUAUUUUUCUUUCGUUUUUCGUUUUUGGGUUGUAUUUUUUUUUUCCAAUGUCUUAUGGGAGCCUAAGUUAUUUUUCUCUACCUCAUAUGUACAGCUUGUAGGUAUAAAUCUGAUUCUGAGUGACUGUUGAGAAUGUAUUUAAGUUAUUUAACAUCUUUGUAUAACAAAAAAAGCCAGAACAAAUGAAACAAUAAAUGUAUUUUAAAUUAUA